ACGUGUCGGUCUUGCUUUCUUUUUCUCACUUUUUCCCUCCCUUUGAAUCCAUGAACUUGAAGCAAAAUUAUUGGAAAACAAUUCUUCAACUCCAAGCAAACGACAAACUGUGAAAAAUUAAAGAAAGGCAUGAACCGAUCACCCUCAGACUCCGAUUCACGCGCUCACCUCGACUCGCCUCACUCGCCACUCUGUUUCCACUCCCCGCUUCCCUCUCACCAGGGCGAUCCCAGCCCUCUGGAUUCCACUUCCUCUCCCUAUGCCUCACCCAUUACUUCCCCUCAAAAAUCACCCAUAUAUCCCGACGAAAAACCCAUCUCGAAAACAAUAGUUGCCGUGAGCGACAAGUUCACGCAGUGUUCUCCUGCGCCGGAGAAGAUGCUGGAGCCACCUCUGCCGGUGAGUUUACACGAGGCUUUGCGGGAGAACGGUGUCUCGCUGUUGACCGCGGUAGACCCUGGAGAAGGUGUGAGAUCGGGUUCGACGAGGAGGAGGGGAUUAAGGACCAGUGAGAAAUUGAGAGUGGUGAACAUAGGGUUUAGGUUAAUCGAGGUGGUUUUGUGCUUGAUUUCUUUUUCUGUUAUGGCCGCCGAUAAGAGUCAGGGCUGGAGUGGUGAUUCCUAUGAUCGUUACAAAGAGUUCAGGUAUUGUUUAUCAGUCAAUGUUAUUGCGUUUGUAUAUGCGGGGUUUCAAGCUGCCUACUGUCUGAUGAUGGGGAGCGAAAUAAGGCGCAUACAUGUCGGGCAUCUCUUUGAUUUCUUUAUGGAUCAGGCACUGGCUUAUCUUCUUAUCUCAGCAUCAUCAGCAGCAGCCACUCGAGUUGAUGAUUGGGAGUCAAAUUGGGGCAAGGAUGAGUUCACAGAGAUGGCUAGUGCAUCAGUUGCAAUGUCUUUUCUAGCUUUUAUUGCAUUUGCCUUCAGCUCCAUUGUGUCUGGUUACUAUCUAUGUAAUCGCGAUGCCACCUGAUUUCAAUUAGCAGCUGCCCAUCAUAUUUCAUUUGUAAGUUUAGAUUUUGCAAAAAUGAAUGCAAACUCAAUCUUCAUGUAUAUAUAUACAAUAAACUAUGUGUACUUAAUUUUGAAUACCUAAUUGAGUUAUAUUCAAUCA